GUCACUUUGUGUCUGAGUUUUGCAACGCUCUCCUUUCUCAUUCUGCUCAGCCCUGUUUUCUUGUUUGAUUGGUUGGUUUCUAUGCUUUUGGUGGCUCUGUUUUUGUGUGCAGUCGAGAGAUAAAGGGGCGUGAGCAAACAAGAAAAGGAGAGAGAAAAGGAAAAGGAGUAAGAUGAGCUGCUUUUGCUGCACUAAGAAAUCAACCAAAGAAUCAAAGAAGAAAAAUACCAACAUCAACGGCAACAAACCCAAUCAUCAAGAAGUGAAUUCAAAUGGGAAUGUUAAAACGGAAUUGGGUGUAAAAAAGGAGGAGGCCUCUAAGGAUGACCAGUUAUCGUUGGAUGCAAAGGAGUGGAAUAUAAAGGAGGAGGUUUCUAAGGAUGGAAAAACCAACGGCAAGCGAGCACAAACAUUUACAUUUGAUGAACUUGCAGCAGCAACCGACGAUUUCAGGUCUGAUUGCUUUCUAGGUGAAGGAGGAUUCGGAAAAGUUUACAAGGGUCACUUAGAGAAAGUUAACCAGGUUGUUGCUAUCAAGCAGCUCGAUCGUAAUGGGUGCCAAGGGAUUAGAGAGUUUGUUGUCGAAGUAUUGACGCUAAGUCUGGCUGACCACCCUAAUCUCGUCAAAUUGAUUGGGUUUUGUGCCGAGGGAGAUCAGAGGCUAUUGGUUUAUGAAUAUAUGCCAUUAGGAUCCUUGGAAAACCAUUUGCAUGAUCUUUCACCCAGCAGGAAAGUGCUCGACUGGAAUACAAGAAUGAAGAUAGCAGCUGGUGCGGCAAGGGGUUUAGAGUAUCUGCAUGAGAAAAUGCAGCCCCCUGUUAUAUAUCGUGAUCUGAAAUGCUCAAACAUUUUGCUUGGUGAGGGGUAUCAUCCAAAGCUAUCUGAUUUUGGCUUGGCCAAAGUAGGUCCCAGUGGAGAUAAGACUCAUGUUUCUACUAGGGUUAUGGGCACGUAUGGGUAUUGUGCACCUGAUUAUGCAAUGACAGGUCAGCUGACUUUUAAGUCGGAUGUUUAUAGCUUUGGGGUUGUUCUUUUGGAGCUUAUCACAGGAAGGAAAGCUAUUGAUAAUACAAAACCUGUCAAAGAGCAGAACCUGGUAGCAUGGGCAAGACCGCUGUUUAGAGACCGGAAGAGAUUUUCACAAAUGGUGGAUCCGUUGCUCCAAGGUCAGUAUCCUGUCAGGGGACUAUACCAAGCCCUUGCUAUUGCUGCAAUGUGCGUCCAGGAGCAGCCCAAUAUGCGGCCUGUCAUAACAGAUAUAGUUACAGCGUUGAAUUACCUUGCUUCCCAGAAAUAUGACCCCCAAAUACAUCCAGUUCAAAGCUAGAAGGGUUCAUCUUCUCCUAGACGGAGGAGAGAUGAUGAUAUAAGGCAGAUUGGAGGUAACGGACCAGAGAGAGACUGAGCUGGAGGACUAAAUUAAGAAUAAAGCAGCCAAUACCAUUUUGUGAUUGUAGAUGAUGUGCCUAGUUAUCAAUUUUUGCAUCAUAGAAGAUAACAGGUACUACUGCCAUUCUUAAUAUUCACAUACAGAGAGUUUCUGCUUUUUUUCUUCUUCUUCCUUUUCUUCCUCCAGUGUACAUGAGAGCUGACGUUCUUGUAUGUAAAAAUGCUUCAUUGUAGGAACUUUUUUCCAUUUUAUUAGUUAGCCUU